GCGGUGACGACGACACGCCUGAUGGACGGACUCGGACGGCAACGCACGCUCUACGACGAAGGCCUCGGCCUGCUCCACGAGGCCAUCGCCGCGCAGGCCGCUGGCGACCACGCGGCUGCGGACGCCAACUUUGCCCGCGCCCGCGCAGUCUUUGAGCAGGCCGUGAGCUUGCGCUUCGAGCGCAUUUCCGAGAAGCAAGCCGCCGCGCCGCUCGCCGCCAAGAUGGAGGCGUACCUGCGCAUGCUCUCUUCGCCGACGAGCCGGGGCACGCACUUUGACGUCAACAUCCUCGACAUGCGCGCGCUGCCACCGCGCUUCCAGAGCGUCCACGCCGCCUACACUGCGUGCCCGGGUUUUGAGGGCCGCGACGUCUUUGACGCGCUCCAAGCGGCCUUUGGCUUCCAGCCAAGCAGCGUUGCCAACCAACGGGAGCACGUGACGCUGCUGCUGACCAACUUUUGCGCGCACCUGAGCACGCCCGAGGAGCCGGCGACCGUCGAGGCCGCGGCCGCCAAGUUCCACACGCGGCUCUUUGGCAACUACACCAAGUGGUGCGGCUUUGUGGGUGAGAAGCCGCGGACGUCGUCGUCGCCACUCGUUGACAUCGUGCUCUUCUUCCUCAUGUGGGGCGAGGCGAGCAACUUUCGCCAAACGCCCGAGCUGCUCUGCUGGCUCUUCCACCACCUCGUCCAAGACGUCCGUCGCGACCACGCGGACGCGCCGUUCCUUGACGCGUGCAUCACGCCUCUGUACCUCGAGCUCGCCAAGGAAGGCGACAAGAAGACGCCCCUCGGCGCGCGGGCGCCGCACAUGGAGAUGCGCAACUACGACGACGUGAACGAGUUCUUUUGGACCAAGACAUGCCUCAAGUACACGCCUGCAACGAUCGCGGAGGCCAUGGCCAGCGUCGACAAGAAGGGCCGCCCGAACGUCGUGACCAAGACGUUCCUCGAGCGCCGGUCGUGGCUGCGUGCGCUGCUGUCGUUCCGGCGCAUCUUCCUCACCAACAUCCUCCUCUUCCUCGCGACCGUCGCGUUUGCGCUCAACAUGGUGUUCCUCUGCCCGGACAACCCGAUCAUGUACUCGGAAAACGUCUUGCGCAACGCGUCGGCCUUUGGGAAGCUCUACGCCGCCGCCAAGCCCGGGCUCGAGAACUUUGACGAGCGCAGCUACUUCUUAGACGCGGGCGCAGACAUGACGGAGACCAAGUGCAACGUGCCCAAGCUCGCGACGUGCCUCGGCAUCGAGCUCAUCACCGAGACGUCGUUCGGGACGCUACCGCCCGACUUUCGCAGUCUCAUGAGCGACGUGCCGUUCACGCACUGCCUCGACCUCACCUCUGGGCGCUGCACGUGCUACUUGGACCUCCUCGACGCGUGCUUUGCGCAGAAGGGCAAGGCGACCGUCUACGCCGAUGGCACCGAUGCGACGCUUGCCAGCGAAAAGUCAGUUAUUGUCUACGACAACAAGAACUGCUUGCCCAAGUGGCGCAAGGCCGCGAUGAACGCGAUCUUGCUGCGCAGCGACGGGCAGCUCAACUGCGCGGCGUGCCAGUGGUCGCUGACCACGGUCCUCGGCGCGAUCCCGCAGUUUGGCCAGCAGCUGCUCGACUUUAAGCGCAAGGACAUGGGCCCACUCAUGCUGCUCGCGAGCGGCGGCUGCAUCGGGCUCUUGGUCGUGUGGCAGCUCUUCAACCGGCUCUUCUCGCGCAUCGGCAUUGGCUUUGUGGGGCGGUCGCUGUACGUGCCGCUGCGCGUCGAGUGCCGGUACACGUGCUUUUGGCUCUUCCUCUUCAGCGUCAAGCUGCUCUUUGACUACCGCUUCAUGGUCAAGAGCCUCGUCGAGACGUCGCUCUUCAUCUACGUCUCGGACCCGACCGAGUACCUCAAAGUGUCGUACUUUAUGCUGCAGGUGCCGAUCUACAAUUUCCUGUACAUUGCGUUCCUCUGGGCCCCGGCGUUCCUCGUGUUCCUCUACGACGCGCAGAUCUUCUACGCCAUCUUCUCGGUGCUCUACGGGUCCGUCGCCGGCUUCAACCUCAAGAUCGGCGAGCUCCGGUCCUUCUCCGUGCUCCGCGCGGCCUUUGGGUCGAUCCCCAAGGUCUUCAACCGCAAGAUGGUCCCGAACCUCGUAGAGCCACUCAAGGACAAGUCGGCCAAGAAGACCAAGAAGAUGCGCUCGGACGCCGACGGCCCCGGCCCCGAGCGCCAUUUCAAGACCAUGGACGCGAACGGCGCGUCGCCACUCACGAUCGCGACCCACGCCUACAGCGCGCUGCUCGAGCAGGACGUGCUGAGCGACCGCGCCACCGAAGUGCUCUCGGUGGACGACGUGCCGCUGGACGAACGCCUUGAGCGCGAGUCAUCGACAUCGUCGAGCGGGUCGGUCAAGGCGUUGGAUGCAGUCUUUGGGCUCACCGGCGCGGCGUACGAGCGCUCGAUUCCGUUUGCGAUGGCGUGGAACCAGUGCCUCGUCUCGAUGCGGGAGGCCGACGUGCUCAGCAACCGCGAGCUCAGCGUGCUCAGCUACCUCGUUGACGCCCAGCGCCUCUACACGCCCGUGUUCCUCACGGCCGGCAAGCUCGACGAAAGCAUCAACAUCGUGCUCGAGUGCGCGGCCGUCUUUGCCAAGCUCGAGAAGGACAAGAAGAAGACCAAGGCGCUGGACAAGGUGCAGGCGUCGAUGCUUGCGCGCCUGAGCAAGGACCCGCUGCGCCUCCAAGCCAUCUUUGGCUCGUACAUUUUCACGUCCAAGGUUCUCAAGCUGCUCAUCGGCGACCGCCACCCAGAGCUCCACAGCGUGUUUGCGUUCGUCGAAGAGACGGUUUUGACGCAGAACGUGCUCAAGGGCCUCGAGCUCUCGGAGCUCCACGCCGUGCGCUCGACGUGCGCGCAGCUCAUGCGUGCGAUCCAGGCCACGGCCAAGACGUCGCCCGAGGCCGUCGACCGGGGCUUGCUCAAGGUCCUCGAGCUCCUCCAGAGCCUCUUUGCGCUCUUCAAGAAGGUCGUGCGCAAGCAAGAGCACCUCGUGGAGCUCCUCCGCGGCAAGGCCGCGACGUUCCUCACCGCGUCGAGUGAGUACAUGCGCGAGCAGCUCUCGUCGCUCCUGCUCGACGAAGCCGCCAUGGACAUUGUCUCGCGCGCGUUCCAGCUGCUCACGGUCGACAACGUGGACGCCGAGCCGCGGUCGCCCGAGGGCCAGCGCCGCCUGCGCUUCUUCGCCAACUCGCUCUUCAUGGCCAUGCCCGAGGCCAAGCCGAUCGAGCAGAUGCACUCGUUCUCGAUCGCGACGCCGUACUUUAACGAGAUCGUCUUGUACUCGGUGGACGAGCUCACGGCUGAGAACGACGACAGCAUCCGGCUGCUCUACUACCUCCAGACGAUCCACCCGGUCGAGUGGACGGCGUUCCUCGAGCGCAUCCACGCAAAAGACACGGCGGACGCGCUCGCCAAUAGCCCGGAGGAAGUGCAGCUGUGGGCCUCGUACCGCGGCCAGACGCUCGCGCGCACGGUGCGCGGCAUGAUGUACCACGAAGACGCGAUCCGGUUCCUCGCGUGGCUCGAGGUCGGCGAGAACGCGCCGAUGCACGUGAGCGGCUGCCGCUGCAACCGCUGCGUGUACCUCGACGAGAUGGUCGCGCUCAAGUUUAGCUACGUGUGCACGUGCCAGAUCUACGGCCAGCAAAAGGCGUCGCGGCUCCAGCAAGCGCUCGAUAUCGACGUGCUCCUCAAGCGGCACCCGGGCUUCCGCGUCGCGUACGUCGACAAGACCAAGGCGGGCGUCGAGGGCCCGGUCACGUACGCGUCCGUGCUGCUCCGUGCGGUCGGCGACCUCAUCGUCGAGGUGUACCGCGUGCAGCUGCCGGGCAACCCGAUCAUCGGCGAGGGCAAGCCGGAGAACCAGAACCACGCGGUGAUCUUUACGCGCGGCGAGUUUGUCCAGGCCAUCGACAUGAACCAGGACGGGUACUUUGAAGAGUGCCUCAAGAUGCCCAACCUCCUCGCGACCGUCGACGACGCCAAGCACAGCCCCAAGGCGCCCGUGACGAUCAUUGGCUUCCGCGAGUAUGUCUUUACGGGUGGCGUCUCCAACUUGGCCAACUUUAUGCAGAUCCAAGAGCUCUCGUUCGUCUCGCUCGGGCAGCGCAUGCUCGCGCUCUUCCACGUGCGGCAGCACUACGGCCACCCGGACGUCUUUGACAAGAUGUUUGCGAUGACGACCGGUGGCACGGCCAAGUCGUCCAAGGGCAUCAACCUCUCGGAGGACAUUUUCGCCGGCUUCAACUCGACGCUCCGCGGCGGCCGCGUCACACACGAAGAGUUCAUCCAAGUCGGCAAGGGCCGCGAUGUCGGCAUGCAGCAGCUCGCGCUCUUCGAGGCCAAGCUCUCGUCGGGGGCGGGCGAGUGCGUCACGUCCCGCGACGCGAUGCGCAUGGCCAGCCGCCUCGACUUUUUCCGGCUCCAGUCGUGGUUCUACGGCAACCUCGGCUGGUAUUUCACGCAGACCAUGACGGUCUUUGCGAUUUACGCGUUUAUCUACGGCAAGAUGUACUUUUGCCUCUCGGGCAUGGACAAGUUUUACCUCGAGACGGGCCGCAUGGGCAUCUCGGGCGUCCUCAACACGUCGUGGGCGCUCCAGUUCGGCUUCCUCUUGGUCGUGCCGGUCAUUGCGGUCGUCGGCGUCGAGCGCGGCUUCCGCCACGGCAUCACCUACCUCCUCUGGAACAUCAUGACGCUCGGCCCGCUCUUCUUCACGUUCCAGAUGGGCAACCGCAUGCACUACUUCGACCGGACGCUCAUCCACGGCGGCGCCAAGUACCGCGCGACCGGUCGCGGCUUUACGAUCAAGCACGAAAAGUUCGCCGAGCUCUUUCGGUUUUACGCGUUUAGCCACUUUUACCGCGGCGUCGAGCUGAUUGUGCUGCUCCUGAUUUGGCGCAGCUACGGGACGUUUUCGUGGUGCAACUGCUCGUGGACGCUCGACAUGAGCUACUACAAGGGCACGCAGCCGCUGCCGGCCGAGUGGACCAAGCGCUGCUUUGCCGCCCACUACCAAGAGUGCGUCGCGCCGACGGAGCAGAGCUACGGCAUCAUGAGCUACUCGCUCUGGCUCGUGGCCGCCACGUGGCUCUGGUCGCCGUUCAUCUUCAACCCGAGCGGCCUCGACUGGGACAAGGUCAUUGAAGACUACCGCGACUGGCAGAACUGGCUCCAAACCAAGAACGACUCGAGCCAGAGCUGGCUCGGCUGGUGGACGUCCGAGGUCUCGGCGCUCGAGCACUCGACGCCGUUCGCGCGCCUUGUCUUUGUCCUGCGCAAGACGCGCUUCUUCUUCCUCGCCGUCGGCAUCUACCUGCACCUCAUGUACCGCGUGGUCUACUCCAGCCGCAACGCAUCGGUCGCGACGGACGCCAAGACGAGCUCGACGCUCGACCUCUUCACGCCGUACAUCAUCCUCGGCGCCUUUUUUAUCACCCUCUUGGUCCUUGUGUGCUGCGGCUACGCGGCCAACCGCGUGACCAAGCGCUGGAACAAGUCGUUCAAGCAGAAGCGGCUGCGCCGGUUCAAGUUUGAUCUGAGCAUGCUGGCGCUCACUUGCUUUGUGUUUGUGCUGCUCUUCUUCAUCAACAUGUCGGACGUGCUCGAGGGGCUCCUCGUGCUCGGGAUCCUCGCCUACUGGUUCCUCCAGGUCAUGCUCGGCCGCCUCAAGUACUCGCACGUCAUCAUCGAAACGAUGGCCGGCGCCGUCGACGUCGCAAUCGGCUGGAUCGUCUUUGGCCCAAUCCUCUUCAUCGCCAUGUUCAUGCCCUUCCUCGCCUCGUUCCAGCAGCGCGUCAUGUUCAACUCGGCGUUCACGUCCGGGCUCGAAGUCGCCAAACUCCUCUCCAACGACGCCAACAAGUCCAUGCCCAAGAAGCGCACCGACUAGUCCCUUGGCUUUGCAUGUAACUUGCAUACAGACACUUUUGUACAUGAAUUCGUGG